UAAUUUAGCAUACAAUAUUGUAAAAAUAAAUAAAUAAAGGGGAAGACGUUCGCCUGUUACGUAGUACUCGUCUGACCAGAUCCAGAUCACAUGAUCCGUCUCUUACCGUGUAGCUCAUCGUUAGCUUGUUAGCAGUUAGCUGUGUUAGCAUCGAGCCUUGGAGUCUACCAGGAAACGGAGUCCAACCUGACAUUAUUUUGACCCGGCAAAUGCGGGAUUCUGUUAAACAAAUGCAUUAAUAUAUCACGGCGUGACCCUUGUCGAUCCAGGAGUCAGAUAUCAAAAAAAUAAGCUGAUUUAACUUGCAUAAAUGAGUCAACUCAUCAACUUGAAAAAAGUGAGCAUGUGACCUAGGAAGAGUGUCUACAACACAUGAUCUGGACAAGUGGAGGUGGAAGCCAAAAUCAAUCAGGGGUCAUUUAGUACAAAAUUGCUGAACAAACGUGAAUAGCCAUGACAACAAAGACAUCUCUGUUGAAAGUCAUUCUGCUGGGUGAUGGUGGUGUAGGAAAGAGCUCUAUCAUGAAUCGGUAUGUCACGAACAAAUUCGAUGCACAUCUUUUUCACACCAUUGGUGUGGAGUUCCUCAACAAAGACCUGGAGGUAGAUGGCCACCAGGUUACCCUGCAGAUCUGGGACACUGCUGGACAGGAGCGCUUCCGCAGCCUGAGGACUCCAUUCUAUCGUGGCUCCGACUGCUGCCUGCUUACCUUCAGUGUAGAUGAUAACCAGAGUUUUCUCAACUUGGGCAACUGGAAGAAGGAGUUCAUCUAUUAUGCAGAUGUGAAGGAGCCAGAGAAGUUUCCAUUUGUAGUAUUGGGCAACAAAGUGGAUGUGACAGAGAGGCAAGUGUCUACUGAGGAGGCUCAGCAGUGGUGCCAAGAGAACGGCGAUUACCCCUACUAUGAGACCAGUGCCAAGGAUGCCACCAAUGUUGCAGUGGCCUUUGAGGAGGCCGUGCGUAGAGUGCUUGCAAUGGAUGAAAGAACGGACCACCUCAUCCCCACGGACACAGUCAAGCUCCACAGAAAGCCUCGUUCUGCUGCCACUUGCUGUUCAUAACAUGCAGGAGUUAUCAUUAACAUUACUUUGCUGUUAUGUCUGUUAUGUGAUGAGGCUGUAGGAGUACAAUGCUGUAGUAACAUAUUAUUUAAACAAAUUAUGCUACUGGCUUCAUGAUUUGUGAUUCAUGGAAGGUUUCAUAAAUGCUGAAAAGAUUUCUGUUUAAAGAGUGUGAGAGGAAACACUAAAUUCAUCCCAGUGUAAUUACAAAUAAACUUGAAAGGACUGAUUCUUUGGGUCUAAUGUUUAGCCAUGAUUCAAAGGUCAAGUUUCUGAGGAAAGUAAAGAAAAUGAACUACUUGUGAGAAACUAAAAAUGUCAUUAUGUAACAGGUUCCACUUCCCUAAAUGUGCCAUUCUGUCAUAAAGAAGAUUCAUGACUUCUGUGUACUUGAUUAUCACAGGGUUUUUAAAAUGUGAUGACACGGAUGAAGUGUUCAUGUAUUUAUCAUCAGACAUAAUUAAAAAUAAUUUAUACAUGCCAUUAACCUUAUUUGUGAGAAUUAUAAAUUAACCAAUUCACUAUUUUGUGUAACUAACAAACUGAGGCUUAUUGUAAUUAUUGCACCUUUAGGUCUUGUUUGAGCAUAUAUGCAUAGAUAAUGGCUGUAUGCUGAAGGCACUGAGGAACAAGACCCACAACAGAUAAAUAACAUGAAGGCAAGUUUAACAUGCAUGGCAUAUGGUGUAUUUAAGCUUCCUAAAACCUGUUAAUUUUGCAACUUGUUGAGAAAUAACUCACUUAUACUGAGAAGAAUAUUUCCUUGAGGAAGUUCCAAUAAAUUUAUUGUCAUUCCUUGGUACCUCUAGAUUUAUUGAUUUUAAAUUGUUUUAUUUUUAAUGCACUCAAACAUUUUUGUAUUUACAGUUGAAAACCCCUCCCCACAGCCUAUGAUUAAAAUGAUGCACAUCCAGAUUUCUUAUUCAAAGUUGUAUUGCUGGUAUGUCACUACAUAAAUAAAUCUCCUGAGAAUUGUC